AUGCCUUCUGGAACUCCAAGUAGCUCCCGCCGCUCGCGCCCAACGCUCCGCCAGGCUACAUUCGUCCUCCCGAGAACAGGUCAGCGCCUGAAAGGGCUGGUCAACCUCCGAAAUCCCAUCCCCGUCGCCGAUGACGGUGACGACGAAAGACGCGGUCUCCUCACAAACGAAAUACAAUAUGAGGGCUACUUCGAGGCACUUGCUCGCCAUGGCAGAGAAAAAUGGGAUCAGACGAAUCAGUUGGUUAGGUCAGAUCAAGGCAUCGGCGUCUUGAAGUACAGUCUUGCGUAUUUGGUUGGGUCUCUGGCAACGUUUAUUCCCGCAAUCGCCGCCAUACUGGGCCAUCAGGAUGGGAAACACAUGGUGGCUACGGUCACGGUCUACUUCCAUCCUGCCAGGUCUCAGGGAGGGAUGUUCAAAGCUUUGAUCUGUGCGUUCCUGGCGUUCUGCUAUUCCGCGUUCUUGACCAUCACCAGCAUGUUUGUGGAGAUGUUCUUCCAGGAUACGUUGGAACUACCUGCGCUCGGCCAUGCAGUCGUUCUGCUAGUCUUCUGUGGCGGUGGUCUUGGGUUUGUCGGUUGGACCAAGCAAAGACUGGGGGAUCCCUUGGUGAAUGUCGCCUGUUCACUCACGGCUCUUUCUACGAUUACCGUUUUGACCAAGGAGGGCGCUGUGCAAGACGGCGAUUUAUCUCUCGUGAAGAUCUUCCAAGUCUUGAAGAUGGUGUUCAUGGGCGUACUGGCUGUUAUGGCUAUUUCCUUCCUCGUCUUCCCCAUAUCUGCGCGUAAACAGCUGCGCAAGAAUCUUAUCACCGUCACUGAUACAUUGGCUACCAUGAUGGCGCUUAUCACGGAAAGCUUCCUAAGCGGGUCUGAGGAGGAGCUUCUCUCCGCUGAAUUUGUCGAUGCAGAGGCACGGCAUCGCACAGCGUACGGCCAGCUCGACAGGCUCGUCCGAGAAGCUAAAUUGGAGCACUAUGUGGCAGGCACUGAAAGGGAGUACAGACUCGAAAAGAAUCUGGUCCGUUGGGUGCAAGACAUUACUCAUAACAUGGGAGGUCUGCGUAAUGCAGCUGCUCUUCAAUUCAGUCUGAUCCGUGAGUCUAUCGCGCGUGAGUCUGCUUCUUCAGAAGAUCACGAGGAAGCCCCGAAUCCAAUGGACUAUUUUACACCUCUCGAGCGAUCAUGGUCGUUUCCAGAGGGGUCUUACCUGGAGCCUAUUGUUGAGCAACCUGAAGAGGAAAUUUCUCAGCGCGGUUCCAUUCGGUCCCAUCGCAAUGGAAGUGCUGAGGCGUCACCCGUACCUGCACUUCUUCCAACAGAUGUUUUCAAUAUUUUUAUCUCUCAUUUGGGCCCGUCAAUGCGAUCGUUGGCCUUUACGUUGAAAGAGAUCUUCAAAGAGAUUCCAUUCGGACCUGCGCCAAACUACAGAGUCUCAGUCAAUGGCCGACUAAGGAUAAGUCUUGACCGGGCCCUUGACCUAUACAAGCAAUCGCGCGAAAGGACACUCGCAUCCUUAUAUCAGCAGCAGGAAUACAUGAACAUCAAGACCCGAGAAGCUGAAGCCGAUCUUGAGGAAGUGGCAGCCAGUUGUGGUCAUUUCAGUUUCUCUCUCCUGGAAUUCGGAGAACAGCUGCAAGAAAUGCUUGCCAUUUUAGACGAACUGCAGCUCGAAGUUGAAGAGCGGCCUAAUGGGCGAUCUUGGUCAUGGCUCAAGUUCUGGCGAUGGUCACAGAAUGCAGAGCCCGCUAAGACCGAUACUGAAACGGUUUCCAGAGCUUCCAGUGCGUCCACUGUCAAGCAUAAUUCCCAAAGGCAUGCUCGACAUGCAUCAGAUGGCUUGAUUGCAGAUGACAGACUGCCUGUCAAUAUCAAAACCCCAAGAACCCCUUUGUCGAAAGGAACGGCAAAGCAAAGACUUGGGUACCGUCUAUGGAAGUGCUUAGGUGUCUUCCGACGAGAUGAUACAAAAUACGCCAUCAAAGUCGGGGCCGGAGCUGCACUCUACGCCUUGCCUGCGUUCCUACCUUCCACCCGUCCGUUCUAUGCACAUUGGCGAGGUGAAUGGGGUCUGUUAUCCUACAUGCUGGUUUGCUCGAUGACAAUCGGUGCCUCGAACACAACGGGGUAUGCUCGUUUUCUAGGUACCUGUUUGGGUGCAGUCGCUGCUAUCCUAGCAUGGAACGUGACGGCUGGAAAUGUGUACGGCUUGGCAUUUUUGGGAUGGCUCAUGGCCAUGUGGACUGGAUACAUCACUAUUGUUCGUGGCAACGGCCCAAUGGGUCGGUUCAUUAUGCUCACUUACAAUCUUUCUGUGUUAUACGCCUAUUCUCUCACCCAGAAGGAGGCAGCCCUGGACGAGGAUGAAGGUGGUGUCAAUCCAAUCAUGAGUGAGAUUGUGCUCCACCGAGUUGUUGCUGUGUUGUCCGGUUGCAUUUGGGGUAUCAUCAUCACGCGCGUAAUUUGGCCCAUUAGUGCAAGACGCAGGUUGAAGGAUAGUCUGAGUCUUCUUUGGCUACACUUGAGUCUUAUCUGGAAGCGUGACCCUUUAUCUCUCUUGGCCAAAGAUGAGAAGACUGUGGUGUACAUGACUCCUCGAGAGAAGCUCGAGAUUGAGCGAUUCUUGUCCCGACUGGAAGCCCUCCAGGUUGCGGCACGCUCCGAAUUUGGAUUGAAGAGUGCCUUCCCUGAUGCCUCCUACACCAACAUUAUCCGCCGUACACGCAAUAUGGUGAACUCAUUCCAUACCAUGAACAUUGAGCUGAUGAAGAAUGAUCUUGCAACCGAGGGUGAAAUUAGUCUCCUCCACUACACAGCAGUGGAGCGGCAGCAGCUGUCUGCCCGCGUGAGCCAUCUACUAUCAGUGAUUGCCUCAUCAAUGAAACUAGAAUACCCCUUGAGUGAUGUGCUUCCCAGCAUUGAGCAUGCCAGAGACCGCUUACUUGCCCGUAUCCAUCGCUAUCGACUGGACCGUGAAGCUUCUCCACACACUACCGAUGAAGACUUGGCUUUACUUUAUGCCUACAUCCUUGUAACUGGCCAAUUAUCAAAUGAGAUCACAGAGAUCAUCGCGGAGAUCGGACAGCUCUUUGGGCGCACGAUGUAUCCGUUUCUGGCGGGGAACCGCAAGUCGGAACCUCCCUUUCAACCUCAGAGCCAUCGCCAACUCCCUCACUUCAUCGAUCCUCAUCUUCAACAUAUCAGGUUUUCUUAUGAAACCAUCACAUCUUACAUUAUCUCUGGUCUGAGCCCUUGCAUCCUUGAUGAAGGCAUCGAUCCAGCCGCUUUAAGUCGGAGCGACUCCAUCUCAAAUCCAAAAGGCGCCGCGCCCAAUGGCUCGACAACCGCGAAGACCUCCAGGGCUUUGAUAUCAGUCCCGCGACUGGAGUUGGAGCAUGCCUACACGGACCUGAAGGCCGCCAUCGGAGACAAGUGGGCGGAAUAUAAGGAGGCCACGGCUCUUUUCUUACUAGGACAUUACAACCAAAACGAAUAUGCCUCACGAGUCGAUUACUUCUUGUGCGCCGAUCCGAAAAACGAACAUCUACAUAACAAUUUUGUAUGCGCGCUCAUCGGAAACCUGACGCGAGACCUCCCCGACCAUGGCGUCGCAAACUGGGUAUCGGCCAACGAUAAACCAUCGACGGUCUCGAAACCCGUCUCCGGCGAUGCGGCCGAACAAAGAUUGAAGACGGAGGUUAUGAAAUUGCCUCCGAGGGACCGGAGGCGCAUCAAGGGUAUUCCAGAGCGAGAUCCAAACGAGCCAGUGCCCACGGAGCUUGAAUUAAGCCAUUUGGCUAAGCAGAUCAAGUUACCCAGUCAGGUUCCUGCGAGUGCAGGAGGACUGAACAAAACUAAUUGGGAAUUGGAAAUCCGAAAACGCUACGCCCAACCUCUCGCCGCAGAAACCGGCGAAUUCCCCGAUGCCGAAUCUAUCUACGCCCGCAUGGUUCCAAUAUGCUACGAAGAGUCUCUAACCAGCGGUGCUGGCUUCCCCUGCGCAGAGUUCAUGGCAAUCGCCACAGAAACAUUCGUAAAGGAAGUCUUGUCCGCGGUAUUCUCGCGCACCCGCUCGAAUGGACCCUCAGGCACAAUCAACAACAUGAUGAUGCGCAAGUAUCGACACCAACUUGAAGUCGAGGAGCUUGCAUAUACACGUGGAGAGAUUGUGAAGGAUUCCGCCACCGGCUUACUCCCCGUCGAAGCAAAAGAGGCCAGCAUCCGAAGACCAUUGGGCGUUAGAGACCUGCGCUUAACCCUGGAGCUGGGCGGCGGUGUACUCGGCCACAUGCCGUUGAUAGUAGACCAGAUCAUGGGCGGGUACUUUGAAGAUGAACUCGAGACCGAAAGACCGGAUCGGUUGGAGAAUGGCGAGCCACAUCAGGUCAAAGCUGAUGAGGAUGCUAUGGACCUGGAUGAGGAUGAAGACGAGUCUCUGCUUGACUGGGAAGGUGCAACAGUCGAUGAUAGAGGCCAGUUGAGCUCAUUGCUUGACGAGUGUCUGUCUAUGGCUGCAUGA